UUCAAGAUCACUUCUCUUUAUGUAUUUUCAGCCAAAAUUCCUCAUUGUUUAAAACCAUGGCAUUAGUUCCUCAUAUUCAAUGACCUCAAACUAGUCUGGCUUAUUUUAUGAGAGGUUGAGAAAAUCUUGAUGAGAAGAGUAAAGAUGAAUUCCUUCACUAUUAGUUCUUUCAUUAUAUUUUUUUCUAUUGGGGCUGGAGAAUCAUGUACUAAAGUUACUGACAGUCAGCACUACUCGUGCAUGGGAAGAAACCUCAGCUGUAUACCACCCAGUAUUCCUUCCUCCAUUCAAACUCUGGAUUUCAGUUUUAAUGUUCUGAAACACUUGCAGAAGACUGUUUUCCCAGUUUUGUCUUUUCUACGAGUCCUUGAUCUAUCAAAAUGCCAAAUCGAGCACAUUGAAAAUGAUACUUUCUACAAUGUGAAGAAUUUGGCUACUUUGAUUCUCACUGGAAACCCUAUUACAUACUUUGGACCUGGAUGCUUGAAUUCUUUACAUAAUCUACAAAGACUAGUUCUUGUGGAUGCGGGUCUCUCAUCCUUACAGCUUCAAAUGAAUAACCUAACCAAGCUGCAGGAGCUUAGAGUCGGGACAAAUAACAUCCAGUCUAUGUCUCUCCCUUCAUUCAUGAGCAACUUAAAGGACUUCAGUUUACUUGAUCUACAUGCAAAUAAUAUAUCCAUCAUCAAAACUGAUCACACUGCUGUGUUGCGAGAGAUCGGCAGAAACAUGACUUUGAUUCUCUCUUGGAAUCCCUUAUUAUAUAUUGAACCAGGAGCUUUCAAAGGCAUUUAUCUCGGAGAAUUGGACAUCCGAUCUGUCUUUAUUUCAUGUGCUGCUCAGAAAGUUGGUCUUGAAGCUCUAUAUGGUCUUAAUGUCAAAAGGCUGAAAUUUGGAAAGCACAAGGACAGUUUCAGAUUUAAAUUUUCAGAUACUGACUUUUUAGAUGGUCUGUGCUCUAUAUAUUUCCAGGAGGUAUAUUAUUACAUCAUGGAAAAGCCUAGUAAGCCAAUUUCUGUCUUUCGCUGUAUGAUUAAUGCCACAAAUGUAGCAGUAAUCGGAGGUCUAAUCAAUGAAAUGGAGUAUGUACAUUUUCGUGAAAUCAAGGAGCUUUACUUGGUUUCCAUUAAGUUAAGUACUUUGCCAGGUAAACAGCUUUCACAUCUCCAUACUUUAGAAAAACUAGUAAUUACACACAACAGUGCACCUAUUUGGGCUGAUGCCUUCAUAGACAUGCCUAAGCUUCAGUAUUUGGAUUUAAGUUCUAACCGAAUUACAUUAAAACAAUGCUGCACCACACUUUUGUCUGGCACCCCUCAAAUCAGAUAUUUGAAUUUCAGUCGAAAUGCAGAAAUUGGUCUUGAUGUAGGAGGAUUUGAUGGACUUGAUGCCCUUGAGAUUUUAGAUUUCUACCGUUCAACUGUUGUACGUAUCGGAUACCUUUCAGUUUUGUCCAACUUAAAGUAUUUGAGGUAUUUGGAUGUUUCUUAUUCAAGAAUCACCUUUACUAACAUAUUCAGCUUUUAUGGACUGAAGAAUCUUAAUGUUCUCAAGAUUGCCGGCAAUAAUUUUCAGGGUGAUGUAGCAAGAUAUUUAUUUAAUAAUCUCACUUUUCUAGAGCACCUUGACAUGUCGUAUGGUCGUGUGGUAGAGUUACAUCCAAGCUCAUUCAAAAAUCUUCAAAGGCUUAGACUUCUGAAUCUCCGAGGUAACCAUUUAAUGACUAUAGAUUUUCUGGCCCUCCCAAACCUGAAACAAUUAACAUCCCUUUAUGUCGAUAAAAACAGCAUUACUAGCAUCCCACUUCAUGUUCUCCAAAAUUUGCCCACAAACCUUUCAGAUUUUGAUUUGUCCUCUAACCCCAUCGAUUGCUCUUGCUCCCAGACAGAUUUUAUUUCGUGGAUUAUCCAAAAUCAGAACAUUUUGAAGCAACCGGAAAAUAUUUUCUGUAAAACCAUUUCACUAAGCUCAGAUUUUAAAACAUAG